GUUUUUGGAUUGUGUUGUUUUGAUACAGUGUCCAGCUUUGCACAGUUCGCUCCGUUCGAUUGAUACAUGACAUCACGAUUUUCUUAUCAAUUUUGCGUAUCAAGAGUUUGGCUGUAAACUGAUAACGUGAGCCAAUGCACUGAGCUAGGAAAUUUCAUUGAACAAUAAUUGAACGGUUACUCGAAAAACGAAGAUGUGUUCUCCCAGUUGUCGUAAUGAUCCAGGUAAACGAUGGCAGAUAUAAAACAUGAACCACUGGAGGUUGAAGAUCAAGCUGGUAAAGAAUCCGUGGGAAUCGGUUGUGCGAGUGGAUUGACAGUGAUGGAAAGUUCCGCUCCGACGUCGGCCUGCCCGAUGACACGAAUAGAUUUGAUCGCUGAUAACAGUGGAACGAAUGGCCAGGAGCAAAAUCAGCGAUUAGCGGCUGACGGUGUGAAACUUGGGCUUAUGCACACCGAGGAGGAUCCACUACUGCAGGAAACGAUCAAUGCGCUGAUGAAUGGGACAGGUGGGAUCGAAGCCGUCGCGGGGAGCGGUACGGCUGAUGAGAUCGAUAGCGAGCGAAAUUAUGAGUGCAAUUUUUGCGGGAAGUUAUUUACAAGGUCAAAUACACUAUCUUAUCACCUGAAAGUUCAUAACGAUGAAAAACCGUACAAAUGUGGAAGUUGUGAUAAGGCGUUUCGGGAGCAGUAUCGUUUGACCAAACAUCAGAAGACACAUGCGAGGGAUUUUCCCGGGAAUGUUCAACAGGACCAAGAAGCAGAACAUUCUCAGGAUUCCAGCUUUCCGUCUACCUCCGGGAGGACAGGCGAAGAGGAGGAUUACACCACAGGGGAUAGUGAACGCUUCUUCCGAAGCUAUGAUCUUCAGGAAAGCAAUGCUGCCAUGAAGCUUGAACCAGAUAUAUCGCUCACCGUUGACGGAGCGUCAACCAAUCCUCCUACGCAAUCUUCCUCGGACAACGAUGUUCGGUACCAAAUAGUCGAAGAGCGUAUAAAAUCGCUCCAGCGAGAAGUACACUUGGUUAAUCAAAACCUGAAUCGUGUUGAAACAAAAUUGGAUGGGCUGACGAAAAUUAUUGCCCUCUUUAUAAACAAAUUCGAGGGAUCCGAUACACAUGGUCUUGCUCCCAACAAUAACAACGUUAUGAUUCCAAUUCCUCUCUUGCCGGUUCCAAUCGAAAAUCAUUCAACGAUUCAACCACAAGCUGUUCCGAUAACGGUGUCCCUUCCUCCACCGCCACAAACACAAUCUGCCCAACCCUUGCAAAUGAUACCCCAUCAUCCCACUCCGAUGGUAAGUGUCCCCGUGCAGCCGACACAGGCAACAUCGGGAAAGUCACAGCCGUACGAAUCUACUCCCAGUAGCGGCGUCAGCACCACCACAACCUUCAUCGGAACCGGAUGCAGCAAUAUUACCAGCAAUGGCAGUGCAUUACAAAACAAUAACGAUACAUUCCCCGAGAUACCGGAACUUCCGAUCCGGACCGUCAACGAUUUUCUUGAUCUAAACGAUCAUUGUACUGAUAACGAGCAGUUUUUGCUCCAAAUGAUGAUCCGGCUCCAUCAGGAAGUUGACAACUCUCAGCCCCAUCAGCGCAACGUGAAAAAGAUGAUGGAAGCGCUAGUGACGUACGAAGUGCUGUGCCAGUUCAGCUGGAGCGGAAAAUCCGCCAUCAAUGGCCAGUACACCAAGUAUGUGUUUGGAAAUAGCGUCGGCAUUAUCGAUUUGCUGACCAAAACGCUCAAUCUUGGCAGGAGCGACGAAGAGGCGGAAGCAAAUCAAAAGCUCAUCUUCACUGCCAUCCAGAGCUUCAUCAAACAUUCGCGGCAAAACAUGCUCCGGGAUAGCCGAAAGCGGCGGGAAUCAAGCAACGGCUUCUACAACACAUCGGCAGCUGCGCAGAGUGGCUGUUCCAUCGAUCGAUAUAUGAAGCAGAUUAAAUCCGAAAGACAUGAAGCAGGGUUCAAUCAGUUCUAGCAUCACAGACGGACAAGAUUGGACGACGAUUCGCGUGUUUCAUGAUUAACCACGUUUAUUAAUCACCUAGAGCCGUGGAAAAUCGCACAUCCCGCAGAUCAAGGUGCAACAAUGAUGAUCGAAUAAUUUAGCCCAAACUUUGGAAUAAAUAAUUCUACUACAAUAUAGAAAAAAAAACACUGUGCGAGAAAAAUACACAAAACCCCAUAUUCACUGUUUGUCUUCUAGCCGAAUCGUUGUCCCGCCGUUGUUUCAGUUAAUCAAUCAAUCAAUCGUUAACGACUCCCAUCCGAUAAAUCCGAAGAAGUCGUCGCGAUUUUUGUCGCUGGAAUGUGAUUCUCCUCGAAGUGAGUGCUCAACUCGUCGAAAUGGUCCAUACUGAAGUUGGACACGGUCGCACUGCCAACGGCCGGCGGGUUGUAGUUGACGAAAUUGCGGAAGUAGUGAUAGAAGCGACUGCCGCGUCUCUCCUGUCGCGAACGCUCUCGCUCAUAGCGGCAAAUCGUCCGCAGGUGGGGUUCGUAGUCGCAAUACGUGGACCGAGUGUUGAGCGUAUUGACGCCGAUGUAGGAGGAAAUUGUUCGUCUGGAAGCGAGAAAAAAAAGGAAUAUCGUUAUCAAAAAAUCGGGAGAAUGAUCACAAAAGUGUAUAGAAAAAGCUGAUGGGUCUGGGCCCAGGGGCACGGACAGGAUCUUGACAUAGAACU